AUGGCAGACCUCAACUCCCUGGAGGUGGGAGAGCUCCUGGAAUUCGAUCAGAUAUGCGUCUCUGACGCUUCUGGCUGGGACGAUAACUCUGUCACAGCGUCGCCCCUUUCCUUCGACACAUAUGGCUUGAACCCCUCGACACCACUCGAAUCCCCUGAUCAGAGCGAAGCAUGCUCAACACCAGUAGCCCCGCGAGACCGGGCCAUCCGUGAUAUGCAUAUUGUUGUGGUGGACCAGUAUGGCAGGGAAUGUGAAGUGGUUCAGACUCGGGGCGAGAGACGACGUGCACAGAAUCGAAAAGCCCAACGAGCGUAUCGGGCACGCAAGGAAGCUCAGCUGAAGGCUGCCUCGUCAACCUUGGCUGCCAACAAUUCACAACUCCAGACUUUAACCCAGCAUAACCGCGAGCUUCUCGAAAUCGUUAAGGGGCUCAAGGCCACGGUUGUUCAGCUAGAGGCGGAGAACCAGAUCCUGAAAGAACUGUAUAGCCACAGUGCGAAUGGAACGGAUGAUCAGGCAGCGUCAAUGCUCGAGAGUCCAUGUUUCAUGUCCCCUGUUCCCUCAAGUAUGUAUUGGCAUACAUCAGAGAGAUCGGGUACGCCAUGA